AUGCGUUAUUGCGUUACUGGUAACGAGUAACGCAUGCGUUACUGCGUUACCAGUAACUACUAACGAGAUGCGUUUAUUUUUCAUAGCUUUUGUAACGAGUAACGCAGCGUUACUUGCGUUACUUUAACGCUUUUUUGCGUUACUUUUCUAGUAACGCAGUAACGCUUGCGU